GUGUAUAUCCUAGUGCCAUGGAUUUAUUUAUGUUCUCCCAAGUGGCAGAGAUCACCAGGUGUCUGUACCUCAGCAGUGCAGCCGCGGUGAGAGGAGAGAAGAUUCGAACCCUGGGAAUCACCCAUAUGCCCAACUUGGAGAGCCUCCAGAUCCACAUUGACGACACACCCACUGCACGUUUGGGGGUCUACUUCGACAGAUGUGCCGAUAAAAUUGAUCAAGUAGAAGCAAGAGGUGGGAAAACUCUAGUCCAUUGUGUGGCUGGAAUUAGCCGCUCCGCUUCAAUAUGCAUCGCUUACUUGAUGAAAUACAAGCGGAUGCCGCUAGACCAGGCCUAUAGACAUGUGAAGAAAUGUCGAUCAGUCAUCCAGCCAAAUGUUGGAUUCUGGAAGCAGCUGAUCGAGUUUGAGCGCAGGUUGUUUGGACGGACUACUGUGAAAAUGGUGCAAUCUUCCGGAGGUUUGGUACCAGAUGUUUACUAUCAAGAAGUAAAAACCACAUACUGGCAUCCCAGUUCUUCGUCUCGUUAUGGUUAUUGA